AUGAGCAGCGAAUUUGAGAUGAGUAUGUGUGGGGAGCUGAGCUAUUUCCUAGGCCUGCAAGUCAAGCAACAAGAUCAUGGUAUCUUCAUUUCUCAAACCAAGUAUGCAAAAGACUUGGUAAAAAAGUUUGGUAUGAGUUCUGCCAAACCAACAAGGAAUCCCAUGGCUACACACAACAAAAUUGAUGCUGACCCUUCUGGAAAAUGUGUAGAACAAACACUUUACAGAAGCAUGAUUGGAAGCCUCUUAUAUUUAACAGCCAGUCGACCCGACAUCUCAUUCAGUGUUGGUGUGUGCGCUCGCUUUCAGGCAAAUCCAAAGGAGUCUCACUUGAAUGCAGUCAAGAGAAUCAUCAGAUAUGUAAGUGGUACUCCAACUUUAGGUGUAUAUUAUUCAUUUGACUCAAAUUCUGAAAUUGCAGGUUACACCGAUGCCGAUUGGGCUGGAAACGUUGAUGAUAGGAAGAGCACAUCUGGAGGGUGCUUUUAUGUAGGUAAUAAUCUUGUGUCUUGGCAUAGCAAAAAGCAAGCUUGUGUUUCCUUGUCUACGGCUGAAGCGGAAUACAUUGCUGCUGGAAGUUGUUGCACACAACUACUAUGGAUGAAGCAAAUGAUGAGUGAUUACGGCAUUCAUCAAGAAAAACAAUUGGCUGAUUUGUUUACAAAACCAUUAGACACUGUUCGUUUUGAAGCUCUCAGGAAGUCUCUUGGUAUUUGUUCCAUUGAAUGA